CUUUGAGCCUCCCAUACUGUAGGAGUGCUAAGCAGUCUAGGCGUGGUGACAUCACUGGGAUCUGUGGGAACUGAUUGGUACAGACAAGGGCACUCAGCAUCCACGGAGGAGGCAGGCAGUGAGCGACUACGGGGACCAGUUCCUGUCAGGAUGCCUUUUUCGCCAUUUAGUGGCUCAGCUAACAUAAUCAUGAGGGGACACCGGUAGAGCAUUUAGAUGAGGCCGUGUAGGGCGGGUGGAAAGCCAAGGGUGGAGGUCCAGAGAGAUAAUGUUCUGGGGAACCUGCUUCGCCUCUUCCCGGUCUUACGUUGUGGAGUUCGGGCGGAAUCAGAGCCUGCCCCUCGGACUCGGCGGCUCUGAUGAGCGCCACUCCUUUUAUGGAUACAUCAUCGCCUUUCCUUUACAGGACUACGGUGGGAUCAUGUCCGGUUUGGGCUCGGAGUCCUGGUGGAGGAAAACGCUGUAUAUCACGGGUGGUGCUCUCCUUGCUGCCGCUGCCUACCUUCUACACGAGCUGCUGUCCAUCAGGAAAGAGGAGGAGAUGGACUCGAAGGACGCCAUCAUCCUGCACCAGUUCUCCCGGCCAAAGAGCGGCGUGCCCAGCCUCUCCCCCUUCUGUCUCAAGAUGGAGACUUACCUGCGCAUGGUGGACCUUCCCUAUCAGAACUACUUCAAUGGGAAGCUCUCCCCACAAGGUAAGAUGCCCUGGAUAGAGUACAACAAGCAGCAGGUGUCUGGAACGGAGUUCAUCAUCGACUUCCUGGAGGACAACCUGGGAGUGAACCUUAACAAGAGCCUGAGCGCGCAGGAGAAGGCCGUGUCUCGUGCCAUCACCAAGAUGGUGGAGGAGCAUCUCUAUUGGACGAUUGCGUACUGCCAGUGGGUGGACAACCUGGAUGAGACUCAGAAGAUGCUCCCCAUCACAGGGCCUCUGAGUGACCUGCAGAGGUGGAUCCUGAGUCACGUGACUGGCAGCAUCGUCAAGAAGGAGAUGUACGGCCAUGGGAUCGGUCGCUUCUCCAAACAGGAGGUCUACGCACUCAUGGAGAAAGAUUUGAGAACACUGGCCGCACUGCUCGGAGAUAAGAAGUACAUCAUGGGACCCAAGCUGACUACUGUAGAUGCCACUGUGUUUGGGCACCUGGCUCCGGCCAUGUGGAGUUUGCCUGGCACACGCCCAGAGCAGCUCAUCAAAGGAGAGCUGAUCAACCUGGCCAUGUACUGUGAGCGGAUGAGGAGGCGGUUCUGGCCCGAGUGGUUUGUGGACCUGGAGGACUGGUACUACACGGGGGACGAGAGUGACAGCGACCGGUCCUCCCCGGCCUGCCUGCUGGACCUCGGGCUUUUCUCAAGGACAGACACGCUGGAGGACAGCGACGCCAGCAGCCGCUCCGACCCUCACUCUCAAGCGCACCCACACGCAGACUCACACAAACAGUCGCCGGACUCUGACCGCUCAGGCCGCUCGCUCUUCGACUCCGACAUUGACUCGGACGGUGGGUCGGAUGCAGAGCAGAAAAAGGAAGUGUUAAACCCUGACCUUUGAACUUUGGGGGAAAUGUCAGGUCGCAGGACACAGUUCUCCACCGUGUUUCUCACCUGGGAAGUCUUCGCUUCAAAUCCUCACUGCAGUCCAAACAGGGAACUUUCCAGAAAGCCAUUCUGAAACAAAGGACUUAUACAGAGCUUAUGUUCAGUCUUUUAAACCUUGGGCCCAGUCUGGAGGUCAGUAAUAAGGUGGUAAUAUACCAGUGCAAACUGUUUGCUUUUGCACAUCCUCUGCUUGCCUCCUAGGUUAAAAGUUUCAAGUGAACCAUCAGCUAGCUAACUUACACACACACAUCUAAUUGCAGCCAUUUCUGUGAACCUUGAAAUAAACACAUGCAAAUGUAAACACGGUCCACUAUACUUUGAAGGAUAUUUGGAUCCACAUGGACGGUGUUGGCAUGGUAACUCCAUGCUAUUGCCCUAGCACCUGAGCCCUUGGUAUUCCUCUGGCUGUGGAAGAUGCUGAAAGGUCCAAAGAGAUGUUGCUGUAGGGUUGCAUGACCACUGUUUGGGUAGGUUGAUCGACCAUGCUGCACACUCACACAUAGGGUUCUACUCUUAGCUUUUAGAAGUUUGGGCACAUAGAUGGUAGCGACAUUUCACUGUUCUGUUUUUGGCUCCCGAUUUCUCUUCUGUCACCAGGAAAGUAGCCUUAAGGCAUCUGACACCUCUCCACUGACUGGUGCUCCAUGUGUGUGUGCUCUGCUAGCGGCUGUCUCCAUAGCUUUGGAAAAAGUAGAAUAGAUGUAAGCUACAUUCUUCCACUGUGCUAGGGCAAGCUGUGCUUGAUGAUGCUUAUACUAUGGAUACUACAGUAAUACGCACAUUUUAUGCCCGUGGUUUAUUUAACGGUUCUGGAACGAUGAUGUUGAACAAAACAUAUAAUUUACUUCCGAUUCCAGGUUUACCAUGAUCUUUGUCUCAGUUUUUCCUGAUUUAGUAGGUUUCGCGUUAAUCGGCACUGACACAAUCAUUCACACGCAUGCAAUAGGAAGGUAGCGUGUAAAAAUAAAACAGCUCAUGAUGGCAGCAAACAAACAGCCUUUGGUUUGUUAGCAUGGGCCAAUAGCAGCUAAACGAUGCCCACUGCAUCCCUAUCAUGCUGUGGCUAUGCAGGCAUAUGCAGCAUCUGUCCUGAAGGCCACUGUGAUGGAGCCCUCUCCAUCCUCAUGCACAUCGCUCCUCCAUCAGGUGGUGUCUUCUUGGCUGUGCCUCUCCGCCUGCCUGCCCAUCUGCACACUGUUCUCUUCAGUUUCAGCCCUGUCUGUUUGAGUCUCCCAUCAUCUGAGCCCAUCUAUUUGUGUAUAGAGAGUGUCAUUGCCAUUCUGGUACCAGAAGAGGGCACCAUAUUCCUUUGCGUGUUUUCAGGAGAGGAGUUUUGUGGAGCCUUGAUGUGCAGUCCUGCCAGUUUCUGCCUUAAGUGAAGAUACAGCUACACACUCAUCACUUUAGUCUUAAUAACAAGCCCACAGUGGUCAGGAUGUUGUCGCAAGGACCUACAAUGGUGGUCUCACUGAAGGUUGAUCCUGUAAAUGUAUCGAAUGUGUUAUUGUGUGUGUGUGUGAAAGAGAGAGUUUGUGUGUGCACAUGUGUGUGUGAGAGAGAGUAUGUGUGUG